UGCCUAAAACGGCUAGCUAUGUUUUCCGAAGAUGUUUAGAUUAUUAUUUCGAUUUUAUAUUUUUUUGUUUGAUAAAAAAAUGGCUAUGUUUAUUGAAAUGAGCUGACGAUUUGAAGUUAGGCAUAUGGGUUUAAUUGGGAAAUGUAGAAACAUAGCCUGAUAAAGGCUAGCUACAAAAACAUCAGGUUAUUGGUUAGAUUGAACAGAUUUAUUCAUCAUGGAUAUUUAUGAUUUGUUCUCCAAAUUCGAACUGGAAUUGCUGCCACAGGACUGGGUCCAGAAUUUAUGGAAAGACGAUUUUUCAGAAGCCGUUGAAUUUCCAGCCGAAUAUGAGGAGUUUUUGGAAAAUACAGAUAUCGGAGAAUUGUUUUCUGGCGCCAGCAAAUUUAUAAAAGAAUGGAUAGACAUACCUUCUGGCAACAGCACGUUUUCAGGAGAGAACAGGAAAUCCAUUCAUAAUAGGUCCAGCUUUAACGCAAGUGAGGUUGAUUCAAAAUCAUGGCAAAAUCUCAUCAGCAACAACGUGAAACACCGAGCGCUAGUGGCUGUGCUAAGUGUUUUCAUAUCAAGAGGUAAAACAGAAAAGCAGUUUGAGGUGAAAAGACUAGGUUUAAAAGCAACAGACCUGUACCUAGUACUUCUUGCCAUUCCUGGAAGCCAAGUCUUUCAUAUUUUUAACCCAAUAUUAUAUUCACAUGCCAUAGAAUCUUUGAAAAUCUGUAGCACGCUCAGUAGUUCAGCUAGUUCUAAGCCUGCAGCCAAGAAGAAGAAAGGGAAGCGUAACAAUGUUGAUGAUGACGAUUUUGAAGACGAUGAAGAAGGAAAUAAUGAUUCAGGUGAUGACGAUAUGUUGCCUUCAGAUAAAAACAUGGUUAUCAAAAUGCUUAGCACUGUUUUAGAAGACCUCCAUUUUGCAUUGAAAAGGUUCCAGAUGAAAAAUCAAGAUGAUUCACUACUCUUAACCAUUCAAAUCUUGAUUCUUAUUACAAGAUUGGAACGUAGCUCAACAUCUCUAUUUUCUAAAUCGCCUUCACACAACUCUGUAUCGUAUCUUGCGUACAAAGCCUACAAAACCCUCUUGGCCCUCUGUUCCCCGGACCAUGGUGAAGUGCAAGAAAUCGUUUCGUUUAUAAUGAGAGAAAUGAUGUCAGGUUUAUUAUCUUUUGACCAGAAAGGGUUAAAGUUGUCACCCAAGGAAGCACUUGUAAUCAAAGAUCACUCCAUUUAUUUCAUUUCUAAUCUGUUGAGAUGUCUAAAAGACUCAGCCCACUUCGGGGUGUUCCUUUUGAUUCAGCAUAUUUGUGUCAGAAUUCCAGAUAAAGCAGAUUUAAGAGCUAAAGGAGUGCAAGUAGUGCAAGAACUGUUGGACAUUCUGCCAUAUUCCCUGUACGCUCACACCGUUAUCUGGCUAAUGGGCUUGUGUCACAAUGACCAGGUGAAACACAGAAUAACUGGGCUAGAAAUUGUCACAAAACUGUUGCAUGGAAAUGAAAGAGUUCCAUCUUCUCCUUUGCGACCAGUUCUACAGAAGAAAGCUAAAAAGAGAAAAGUGAAUAGGAAUGAUGAGAAUGAAGGGGAAGACCAUAACGAAUCAAACGGUCAUGGAGGGGAAAGUGAAAGUGAAGAUGAAACGCCCAUUCCUUUGACACAGCUUCCGGACUUUUCAAAAAGCAAUUUUCUCCUCGCUACAGUCUUUUCUCGGUGUAAAGAUGUGGCGUCUUCUGUUAGAGCCAAAUCUCUAUCUAUUUUAGCCAAUCUGGUAUCAUCGAAUAAUAGUAACAUCAAACAUGCAAUGGAAUCCAUAUUUGUAACACCAUACUUGGAAGUAACGAAUAUUGAAAGAAGUGAUAUUACUGAAAAAGAUUUCCUAGAUUUUCAGAGUUUAUUGAAGGAUAUUAGGAAGGAGACGAGUCAAAACUUCGACCCUUUGCCCGGUGCCAAAGCUGUCAUUAAACUUCUUGAACUCUUCAUUGAAGAUGAGAAAGUUUUUGUAAGGAAGUCUGCUCUUCAAGUGUUGGCAAACAUAUUCCUCAUGAGUGACAAAUGGAUGACUAACAAACUUUUACAGGUGAUGGUGAACAACUGCAGAGACAUGUCGGUAUCGGUGCGCAAGCUGAUUGUCCAGUGUCUGACUGAUCUGCUCAGACACUACCCCAGCCACCCGGAGCUGCCCAAGUACUGGGUACAGGGAGUCAUGCCUCUUCUGGCUGACCAGGAGGUCAAAUCACAAGAGAAAGUGCUUGAGGCUUUACAGUCACUAGUGCUGGAUAACUUGGUUGCUUAUGACAAGAUGAAGACGCCACACCAUGCUCUGCCGUGGACGUUGUUGAACAUUAUUGCAGACAGCAACAAACGUCAACUCUUUUUGUACGCUUGUCACAAGUGGUCCCUCACAAACUCAUUGAGGCAAAGUUUAAUAACAGUAUUAAAAACCCAUAUUGGGACAGAGAACAAUAAUGCUGUAUGGUUCCUGUUGGCUUCAUUCUCGGAAUAUCUCGACAUCCGAGAUCCUGAGUUUGCUUUGAAAUAUUUCUACGAAAACGUCCUCAACUCACAACAGGUGGAUGAGUACUGCUGUCAGAUGGUGACAGAGGUGAUGCACCUCAGCUGGAGACAGUUGGAUGUCCUAGCUCAGAUCAACCUGUGCGACGGUUUACUCCGGCAUCUGAUGCAGUUCACUGUUCCUCUGCCAAUGAUAGCUCGGUGUGUUGACAUCUGUCAGCUCAUCACAGAGACUCACGCUGACACCCCGGAACAGGGCAGGGAAAGAGUCAAGGAAUGGGCCACCAAUCUUAUAAACAUAUGUGAGUCCAAGAUAGAGAAGGUGAUAGGCCCUGCGGCUCCUCCUGAGGUGGAAGAUGAAGACAGACUAUGUCAGUACAUCUUCAGUGUGGGAGAGUUGGUACUACUGUGUCCUGCGCAGCUCAAACACUCCAGUCUGCUGAUCAUACAGAACCUACUAGAAACUGACUUUGACGAGGAGAUUGAUGAGGAUGAUGCUGCCGAGGAGAGAUGGAAGGGCCAUGUUAGUUCUGCAGUUCAGGCUGUCGCGGUGGUCACACUGGGGAAGCUGUGUUUGCAGAAGGAACAUACAGCCAAGGUGUUGGUACCCCUGUUUGGCAGUCUGCUCAGUGAGACACCUCACAACGAGAUCAAGAUCAACGCCAUGAUAGUGCUUACGGACAUGUGUGUCAAGUUCACGUCCGUAGUGGAGAAUCAUCUACCUGAGAUGUGUAUCUGUUUGAGAGACAAAGACUUACAAGUGAGAGAGAACACAUUGACUCUGAUGAUGCAGCUCAUACAGGAGGACUACCUCAAGGUUCGCUGCCCGAUGCUGUUCCAUCUGAUGUCGAUGCUGAACGACGAACAUCAGCUGAUUCGAGACAUGAUCUCCUCAUUCAUCGUCAACUCUAUGUUAGUCAAACAGAAGAACAUUUUAAUGCAGCAUUUCGUCGAGUCUCUGUUCCACUACAACGCUUAUUUGGGCCACUCAAUGUACUCCAAGGGCCGUACAAUGGGUAUGAGAGAGCGCACCGUGUUCUCUUUGGAGGGUACGGACCGGGAGGCUCAGAGACGGGUCAUCUACAGGUUCAUGUUGGAGAAUAUGAUGGACGACCAUCGAUUCAGCGUCACGUACCGUCUAUGCACAGACAUUCUGGCCGGAGUGGCCGAUGGAGACAUAGACCUCAGUCCUAGUGGCACAACGUUGCUGCAGGACGCGUUGUAUGUUCUAUCCAGCGAUGAAAUACGCCUGUCUCACCUACGAGGGGCUUCUAAAGACUGUGAUGACGACGAAGAACCAGCACCCGAGGCCCAGAUGGCUGAGGUCAUCAGCAACCUCGCUCGCAAGACUUUGGUUUCCCAGGUUGUAAAGAAAAACAUGAUUGAAAAUGUGGUCCCCAUCUUCAUCAAGCUAAAACUGAAGUUAAAACAGCUCAAGUCUCCGUUAGUGCGAGAUCUGAUGGCUUGUCUACGGGAACUCAUGAAAGACUACAAAACUGAAAUAAAUGACAUCUUGGCAGCGGAUAAGGAGCUGGCUGCAGAGAUUGCCCACGACCUACAAUCCUCUAGGCUAGAAGAGGAGGACAGCGGAGACGAAGCUCCUAAACUGAGCGAUGGUGAGGUGCUAAAGAAAGCUAUGAUGGGAGUCGUAGCGCUAACGGAAGUGAGGAACAGUCUGAACAUAUCCAAUCAAAGAACCCCACAAGUCAGGCUAUCUCGGUUGGACAGUUCACCUGUAAACCCGCCCAAUGGAACUCCUAAAAGAACAUCUACGCAGCAGGAAUCCCCUGUGAAAAGAACAUCUGAGUCUAGCACUCCUGGUUCUUCUAAAUCAUCCCCGGGGACCAGUGAUGCGGUGAGCAGCAAACAGUGUUCCCCCACCACUGCCUCGGACUGUGAGCCUGCUAUGCGUGUCAGGUCUAGUAGGCUAUCUACCGGGUCCACUUGUAGCGAAGCAAGCACCAACUCCAGGACUAGUAGGAGCUCCAGGAGGAAUAAGAAGAAAUAGUCCUCAUUGUAUGUAUUUUCUUGUACAAAGUUAUAUUUCAACUGUAUUUUUUGGCCGCGUUUUAUAUGUCUUUAGUAUAUUUAGUUAGAUUAAAAUAAUAAAGCC